UAGUAGAUGUGCAUGUACUAGUACUAGUAUGGUAUGCAAUUAUGCAUAUUGUGGAAGGCAUUCGUGUGGGGGUCACAACACAUAUAAGCCCCACGUUCCUCUUUUAUAUCUUUCGUCCUCCCUUCAUUUCUCUAACUACCCCCAUUCCUUCUCCUCUCUUUCUCUAUAACCCUUAACCCAUCUCUUCCCAUCUUCUUCUCACACACUCUUUCUCUACCUUCUUUACUUCCCUCACACACUUACACUAUAGAUCUUUUCAUUUUCUUCCUUCCUAGAGAAUAUAGCUAGUAACUUAACUUCAUUGCUACAUUAACAAAUAUUCCUAAGUCAAAAAUAUAAUAGAGAAGUGUUAGUGUUAGUGCUAGUGAGUGAGUUUUGUAGCUAGAAAUAGAAACUAUAUUCUCAAAAUAAAAAGAAAUUUAAAUAAGGCAAUGGGAGAGUUAGAGUUACCUCAACCUAUCUCAGAGAAAAUAGCCUCUACUAUUACUACUACUUCUACGGAGGAGCCCGGUUUAUCUGAACCGGUUCAAAACCGGUCCAAACGGCCCAGAGAUAGUACCAACAGCAACCACCCGGUUUACAGAGGCGUCCGGAUGCGUGCAUGGGGAAAAUGGGUAUCCGAAAUCCGCGAGCCGCGGAAAAAGAAUCGGAUCUGGCUCGGCACGUUCGCCACCGCGGAAAUGGCGGCUCGUGCUCACGACGUGGCUGCUCUCGCUAUCAAAGGAAACUCAGCCAUCCUCAACUUCCCUGAACUCGCGGAUUCAAUGCCUCGACCUGAGUCGAAAUCUCCUCGGGAUGUCCAAGCCGCCGCCGUGAAAGCCGCUGCCAUGGAAGUUCCUGAUCAACAAACGAGAUCUCAAUCACAUACAUCCUCUUCUUCUUCAUCUUCCUCAUCCUCAUCGCUGUCGCAAUCUUCGUCGUCGUCUUCGUUGGCGGUUUCUUCUUCCGAAGAACCGUCAACACCAGACGAACUCGGUGAGAUUGUGGAACUACCGGCAUUGGGAACGAGUUUUGAAUUACCCGACCCGGUUAAUAUGGUGUUUUCCGACCCGGUUGAUGGAUGGCCUUAUUAUUCACACAGUUGGGAUCAGAUUUCAAUGCAUCAAGACAACUCUGAAAGUAUAAGUAUGAUUCUUUGUGAUUUUGAGGGUUCAUUGUGGCAGCAUUAAUCUUUAAUUACCAAAUUACCCUAUGGUUUUUAGUUUUAAUUUUGUUUUCUACUCUUCUUUUUGUCUUUUUCUGAGUUACAUAUUUUAUUUUAUUUUAUUUUAAAUUUUAUGUGUAACUUGUGAGGGUCCUUUUGCAAUUUUUUACUUCAAGGGCUAAAUACAUUUCUUGUCUCUUGUUUAUUGUUUAGGGUUUGGUGUAAUAUGUGUUGCUGCUGCAUGCAGGAAUAUAUAAUUUUGGAUCUUUUGGUUUAAUUUGAUGUUAUGUUUUUUAUGUAAUAAUGGAAAUAAAAUGGAAAUAUACAUG